UUGCACUACACUCCUCCCCUCUUCAGGAUGGCUCUUGUAACCCAGGAUUUUUUCACCUGAAUGCCCUCUUUGUGUGCUGAGCCCAUAAAUAGCAGGGGGGACCCUCAGCUUCUGCAGUCCCACUUUCACUCUCUCUCUCACACUUAAUCAUCUGGCAUAACCAUGUGGACUCGGGCUAGCGCACUGCUGCUCCUCGCCUGCUGCCUCUGGGCAGUGGAGGGUCAGAACGAGAAUGGCAAUGGCUACACGAGGGCAGGCAAUGGUGGUGGUGUUGCCGCCACUGCUACUGCAGAGAACAGGAAGGGUGUCUGGGAGGACCCCAUCCAGUUCAACAACAAGGCAAAGGACUUGUGCACCAUGAGCGUCACCGGCCAGGGAGAUGUCACCAAGCUGAGGAUAUCGUGCCAGGGUGCCGAGAGAACCUACUGGUGCGAGUACACGGGCAAGCCCCAGAUGUGCCGUGCCUACAACAACAACCCUCGCCAUUAUUUCACCCAGAUCAUGUGGGACCUGAGGAAACUCCAGAACGCCUGCCAGGCACCCAAGGCUAUCAAGCCUCAGAUGUGCAAGAGGGCACCGGAAGACGCCCAGAUGUUGUACUCUGCUUCCUCCACGCCAGAGGCAGCAUCAGCAGCCACCCCCCAAAAGCCGGAGAAAGCCCAGGAGCCAACCCAGGCGAAACCAGAGACUCCCAAGGCACCGAUCGUCAAGCAGGCCAAGCCAGCCGCAACCAAGCCUGAGCAGGCAAGACCAGAGCAGGUAAGACCUGAGCCAGCAAAACCAGAAGCAAGACCAGCACCUACAAAGCCAGUGCAAUCCAGACCUGUGCAGGCAAAACCAGAGCAGGCAAGACCAGCAGCUGCAAAACCAGCAGGAGCAAAACCAGCAGGAGCAAAACCAGCAGUGAACAAGACAGCAGUACUGAAGAAGCUUCUGACACCCAAACCAACCACUCCAAAACCAACCAAGCCCACUGUCAAGGGCAAUGCCAAAAAGAUUGCACAAGAGUAUUGUUGGCAGUCACUUCAAGGCAUCUGUUCCUAUGUCAUUGGUUGGUUUCAGAACUAAUAAUGAAGAUUUAGAUUCCCCUGUGAAGAUGAUUUCAAAGGUCUGACUAAAGAGGUGCUCAGAGUGGUUUUCCAAAUGAGGACUUUGCUAAUAAAUGUCACAGAAGAGAGUUUGAACACCCUCUCCAUGGGAAUGAUCGUGCUGACAUUUCUGUCAAUCAAACAUCUUUCCUGCCAGCCAUUUUACCAUGAGUUGUGAAUGUUCCAUUGAGACCAAUACCAAUCCAAAAUGUUUGGUGAAAUUGUAAUUCCAAGGGUCACAAUAACAACUGAACGCAUCCAUACCUGAAUGUCUGGAUCGGGUAUGGACAGAUCAUUAAAUCCAUCGUCUUUCACACGGUACUUAUUUUGUCAAAAAUGAGUACCAUGGUUUUUUGUGUCAGAAAGCACUCUACACAUUUCGACAAACCUAUGGUACCCUAUAAUGUACUCUCCUAAGGCAGAUACACCGUUGGUUUUGCCAUUUUUUUGUAUGUUUGUUUAUGUGUAUGUUUGUAUUACCAUAAACCACAUAUUGAAUAUGCUGUGUUGGGGAAAUCCAUGACAAGGUUUUUGUGUCAUUCACAUAGUAGAGUGGCAUAUUCUGCAAACUCUACCACUGGUUCAUUGUACAGAAAUGUCAUAAUCAAUGUAUGAGUGUCUGUAUAUAAUGAAUAAAGUGUGUUCUUAAUUCUU